AUUUCUAACAACAUAAACAAUUUCAGAACAAUCUGAGAUGGUGUCAAUCCUCUUUCUUGUGCUCUUUGAGACGGAAUGAUCCAUUGGAAUCCCCCUUUCAAAGACUUGUUGAGAGAGUGAUAGAAGAUAAGUAAUAUCACAUGUAAGUAAAAGACAACUACAGAAGCUAGUCUUGAGGGCACAUGCAGAAUUCAUUGUCUCCUUGAGGCAGAGUUCAACUAUGUCUGUGAUUCGUGUAGAGUUUUAGUUCAAUUUGACAAAAAUUUAAACUAAGUUGUAUGAGUCCCUCAAGCCUCCAGAUGUAUCUGAAGGAAAUGUAAUUGAUAUUGUAUUGUUUGGGGAAAGGACGGAAACACAAGGCAAUGUGCUGAGGAAGAUAAAUAGCCUGUCUUUUGGGCUGCCCUACAUUUUAGGCCAAAUAAAAACAUUCUUUGUGCUGUCCAAAUAACUUGGCAUGGCAGGGUAUAACAAAGAAUUGCCACAGUUCCCCACCCUAGGCCUGGGACAGAAACACCCCAGGACAUGAGUUCUGACAAGAACAGACAUUAACAGAAACAUGGCAGGACAUCAGAUCACUGGAGAAACAAUAACCUCAGAAACAGACAGCCCAGACCAGGAUGCAGAGUUUGCAGCCAGACCCGAAGGCUCAGUACAGCAGCGUAUACGAGGCCCUGAGAAGGAUCAUCCAAACGGAGGGUCUCCUCAGACCCUUGAGGGGCCUCAACAUCACCAUGCUGGGGGCUGGCCCUGCCCACGCCCUCUACUUUGCCUGCUACGAACGGGUCAAGUGCACACUCAGCGAAGUAAUUCAGAAUGGAGGAAACAGCCACAUAGCCAAUGGACUGGCAGGCUGUGUGGCCACUGUGCUGCAUGACGCAGUCAUGAACCCAGCUGAAGUGGUGAAACAGCGGAUGCAGAUGUACAACUCUCCCUACCGGAACCUGUUGGACUGUGUUCGGACUAUACGACAUACUGAGGGGCUCGCAGCCUUCUACCGCAGCUACAGCACACAGCUGGCCAUGAACAUUCCCUUCCAGGCUGUCCACUUUAUGACCUAUGAACUGAUGCAGGAGCGGCUCAACCCCCACAGACAGUACCACCCCGGCAGCCACAUACUGUCUGGGGCUGCGGCGGGGGCCGUGUCUGCAGCGAUAACCACCCCGCUGGAUGUGUGUAAGACCCUGCUCAACACACAGGAGAACGUAGCGCUCAGCUCCAUGCACAUCAGUGGUCAUCUCACAGGCAUGGCCAAUGCCUUCAGGACAGUGUAUCGCUUUGGCGGCAUGGCUGCCUUCUUCAAAGGGAUCCAGGCCCGGGUCAUAUACCAGAUGCCCUCCACUGCAAUUGCCUGGUCAGUCUAUGAGUUCUUUAAGUACUUCCUGACCAAGCAGCAGAUGGAGGGAGAGGCUGGGACAGCAGGCCCAGUCUGAGGAAGGGCUGUGGACAGGGCCGACUAUCCACCACACGUAUUCUGGAAGCUCCUGGCUCUCCAAUAGAAUCCAUGCCAAAAGUCUCAUUGUGUACGCAAUGUCGUGUUCAUAAGUUAUAUCUGUGUGCUGUUGUGUAAUAAUCUGUGUUUUCUCGAAGGGAAGUCACUGCAAUGGAGGAAGUUUGAAAGACUUGCUGUGGGAGUGGUAGACUGUGGCACUCCUUACCCUUCUUACCUACUCAGCAAGCCCUUCCAUUGUACAGUGUCAUUCAUUAGAGGAGUGGAGGCUGUUACAUGAACAGGAAAUGCACAGAGAUGGCUUAUCUUUCCAUUAAUGCAGAGAAAAGGGCAUCUUCAUAUGGCAACAGGCCCUUUUCACAAAUCACCUGUUCACUAAGCGCACAACACUCCCUACUUCGUCUAUCUCUAUCUGGUGAUUGUGUUUGGCUACAUUCAUACAGUAUGUAUACUGAACAAAAAUAUAAAUGCAACAUGCAAUUUCAACGAUUUUAUUGAGUUACAGU